AUGCAAGCUGCCCCCCAGAAUUAUAGCACAAAGAUCAGUGUGUUCAGUAAUUCAAAAAAAAUCAAACUUGAAGUCUCCCCCUAUGGCCAGCAUGUAGUUCAUGGCCCUUCGUCGUCAUCCGUCGCUGCUCAUGUUGCUGCAACCUCAAGUACACACCCAAGUCCGCAUAGCACAUCAAAUACUUUGCACACAAACGAUUUGCCUCCUCCUCAGACUGCUUGUAUCUUACCAUACAGUCACCGCAAUGGUGGCAGCCACAACGAUUAUGGAGACUUCAUCAACAAUCGGCAUCCUUCCUCCACCCAUCACCUGUCAACGACAAACACUUUCAUCACAUCAGCCUCAUCGUCGUCUCAAAUAAAACGCCAAGAAACUAACUACCAGCGAUGUGGUUUGAAACGUAAAAGUGAAGAGCUAAUUGAUGCCCCGAUGCAGCUUACAGAGGCGCAGGCGGUUUCCACAGUUUGCUCAACAUACCUGCAAUCAAGAUAUUACAGGGCUCCUGAAAUUCUUUUGGGUCUUCCUUUUUGUGAAGCCAUAGAUAUGUGGUCACUAGGCUGUGUGAUAGCAGAAUUGUUUUUGGGCUGGCCACUCUAUCCAGGUUCAUCGGAAUAUGAUCAGAUACGUUAUAUUUCCCAAACGCAGGGCAUGCCAGCAGAACACAUGCUUAGUUCUGCGACAAAGACUGCGCGCUUUUUUAUACGUGAAAAUACAGACAGCAAUUAUCCUUUUUGGCGAUUAAAAACGCCAGAGGAACAUGAAGCAGAAACGAAAAUUAAAUCUAAGGAAGCUAGAAAAUAUAUUUUCAACUGCUUGGACGAUAUGGCGCAGGUGAGAAUGCCCCGGAGCUUCACACAAGACAAAGGGUUCGCUAUUAAUGUACCACAGGACUUGGAGGGCCGGGAGUUGGUGGCUGAAAAGGUGGACAGACGGGAAUUUAUUGACUUGCUCAAACGAAUGUUGACUCUUGACAGGGAUCGCCGAAUUACUCCUGGAGAAGCCCUCAAUCACUUAUUUGUGGUCAUGGGUCACCUUGGUGAUUACGGACACUGUAAUAUAGUAAAAAGUAGUGUGCAGAGUAUGGAGAUAUGUAGACGACCAACAACAAUAAGUGCUUAUGAUUUAAACCAAAACAGUGGCUCGGUUGUAGCCAAUUUGGUUCCAUCGUCUACUGGCAACAUCACUGUUACCUUCAAUAACCAAAUUAAUGGAUUGCCUCCACAAGUGGCUUCUCAGAAUUUCAGUGGGACUGCUCCCCAAGCUACUGAGCUGCCCUAUUUACAAUAUUCUGGUCAAUCUGGAGCAACUUAUCUCCCUUACCAGCCUGGACCACCUCAGGUGGCGACCCAGCAACUCAAUCAACAAAUACCCUCCCAGAGAAGUAGCACACAGUUUAGCCGACAUGAUCCAUUCCGUCAGCCUCUGUUGCCAUCUCUUGUUGUGCCAGCACCAAUUCAAGGUCUCAACUCUCCAAAUCGAUAUCCAAAUGUUGUGCCCAUGGUUACACAGGCCCACCAAACUCUCCAGUUACAGCCUCAGAUUAUGUCACAGGCUGUGACUACCCAGCACUUAACUCCUGUAAUAGACAGAGGGCGAGGACAAGUCUUCAUGGCAAAUCCUCCUGUGAAUUCCUGGCAUGGUAAUCGUCAAGUUGUAGUGAGUUCCUGGCCACAACAGAUACCAGCUCUGACUUCCCAGCGUUCCAUUCAGCAACCGGCUGCCGCUGCUGUGAUUCCUGACACUUUGGCUACCCAGGCCGUCACAGACAAUUGGCGGCGCUCUAUAGUAUUGGGAGGAGAGGAUCUUGACCAAGCUCCACCCGCAGUUGUGCCUCUGUAUUGUUCUUUACAGGCUUCAGCCAACCAACAGUGGAACCUUGCCAGUGUGGUGCCAAGCACAUUCGGAGUACCACCUACCAGACAAGCUCCUCAAUCACAUUCAAGUAAACGUCAAACUAAAAACAGGACAAGUAAAGAGACCUGCACAUCAACCCAACUAUCCCCCGUGAAAAAGCGUGUCAAAGAAAAUACACCCCCACGGCUAGACAGUCUGCAUAAAGAAGAAAUUCUUCGUCUGUCUGCCUGGAGCAAUGAACCUCAGAUUGUUCCACAUAGCAGUAAAGGAAGCAGCAACAAUAACCACAGCCACACAGCACGUGGUGGAGGGGACCAUCGCCAGACCAUUGUCAUAGCCGACACCCCCAGUCCAGCUGUCAGUGUAAUCACCAUCAGCUCCGACAGUGAAGAUGAUGAAGAGUCCAAAACCCAUCUAAAAGAUGCAGUUAAAAAGGUACGCGAUGUCCAUACAAGUACCAACCACCAUCACCACCACCACCACCAUCAUCAUCACAGCAGCCAUCAUCGGCAAUAUCAACCACAUGGUAACCAUAGCAAUAGCAGCAGCAGCAGCAGCCAUGGUGGUGGCCAUGGAACUCAUUCCUAUUCGCAAAAUAGCAGUAGUGUUGACAGUGGAAACAGCAGUUCAAGAUCAGGAUCUUCUGCUUUCGAAUUAAUGAACAAGCGCAAUCACAGUCGGAAAUCAGGAGAAAUUUCAAGUUCCCCACGUGUGCGUAAGAAUGUGAUAAGCUGUGUAACUGUUCCUGACAGUCCUGACCUUGAACAUGGCUCAGCAGUGGCAGCAGCAGUUGUUGGUAGUGGUGGUGGUGGUGGUCACAGUGCCCGCAAACCAAUUACUUUCACCCCAAUCAAACAUGAAAUCCCAUCCUCUUCAACAUCAUCAUCAUCAUCCUCUGCUUCUUCCUCAUCCUCUUCCAGCAGCAUUGGCAGCGUGAAAGGACUGGCUGCAGCCUCAGCUUCUUCCAUGGCUGGUUGUGCAGUGGGAGCUGCACCAGGCAUGUCCACACUGAUUCAAGACAGUAUUGGUGGAUCUGGAAAUGGAGGUGGAAGCAGCAGUGGUAGUUUUAUCAAAACACAGAUGGUGCCUCCCAGCCAGAACCAGCACCUAGUGGCCUCUGCAGCUUCUGCCAGGGGAGGAGGAAGUGCAGCAGCAGCAGCUGCUGCUGCUGCUGCACCAGCAACUCUCUCCUUCAUUCCCCCAAAUGUCACAAUCAAUGAUCAGUCUCGGCCACCCAAGUACCGUGAACAAAUAAACAAGACGUCUCCUUUCGUGACUCACAUUCCCAAGCAGGAAGCCUCUUUGCUGUCCUCGUCUCUUUUGUCAUGUGCAUCGUCAUCCAAUAAUGACAGGCUGCGUCUGAACCGAACUCCAACUAAACAUGAGGUGAAGCUGCCGCCACUUGAGGUGGAAGUAACAACUGCACCCUCAAUACACAGCAAGCUAGCAUAUGUUUCCCCAACUGUGCGCCUCAGUCAGAACCAACCACGAACACUGCAAGGUCAUUCUUCGCAUCGGAACAUGAUCGGUGGCCAUCAGCCAGCUGGCACACUUGUAGCUACAGUCCUCAGCAGCAAACAACGGCCUGCCAACAGCUUCACCAACCCAGCAAAUAGCUCCUCUCAACUCUCUCCAGCUCAACCCAGUGUACACAUUGGCCAACCAGUCUUUCUCAAUACAGGCUCGCAAGUUGAAGUACAUAGGGAUUACCGUCAACCUGCAGCCACUGCGACUGUCCAAGGAAGUCCUGUCCACCAUUUUAUAGUUCCUGCACACCAGCAGCCUCAAGUGACAAUCUCUGGAGUAGGGCAGUUCAGUGCAUUGGCACCACCCCCAGCACACCAAAGUCCUCGCCAUGUGCAGUAUGCCAGCCACCCACUGCCUGCACAUAUGCACCCCGUACUUCAUUCUACCAGUCUACCAGCAGCCACCAUCCAUACCCAAAUCCACCCCCACUAUGCUAAUCAUGGCAGCUUCAUCAACUCAGCUGCUGCAGCAGCUGCUGCUGCUGCAGCGGCCGCUGCCAGUGGAGGCAUCUACACAUCAUAUCCAUUGAGUCCAACCAAGACGAGCCGGCAAUAUCAGUAUCUGUACCCAACAUUUUCUGGUGACUGA